AUGACUUUGGAAGUUCACCACCUCCAGGUCUCUCAGUCAGAACGCCUUCCAUGGCUAUGUGAGGAAUUGGGAAUUUCAUAUGAACUAGUUCUCCAUCAACGCGCACCGCUUUUGGCACCUAAAGCAAUCAAGGACCUCUCACCUAUCGGACAAGCACCAAUUAUUCAAGAUGAGGAUUUGACACUAUUUGAAAGUGCCGCUUGUAUGGAAUUUAUUAUCCGUAAGCAUUCGUAUUAAAUUCAAUUGAGAAACUCAAUGAACUAACAAAGUCUCCAGAUAAAUACGGAAAGGGACGUCUGGUCCUCCCACCUACACACAAAGACUACGCCUCAUAUCUAUUCUGGUUCCACUUCACCAAUGGAACCCUCCAGCCACACCUUGGCCUUCAACUGAUGCUUUCCAUAACCGCUCCUUCGAACCCUCAAACCUCCUCCAUGGUCGCCCGGCUUCAAGACCUCUUGAAACUCAUCGACGAGAGACUUCAAAAGAAUACUUGGCUGGCUGGCGAGGAUUUUACCGCGGCGGAUGUCAUGAUUGUCUUUAGUCUUACUACCAUGAGAACGUUUGUUGGCUUUGAGUUGAAGGGCUUUGAGGGCAUUCUGGGGUACCUUGAACGGGUCAGAGCUAGAGAGGGGUUUAAGAGAGCGAGGGGGAAGGCGGAUCCAGAUUUGGAGUGGAUGGGUGGGGCGGAGAAGCCGGCCUCGAUUUUUGAGAGUUUGAAGAGGGAGGGAAAGAUUUAG